GCUGACUUUUCCUUUAAUUAACUUUGUAAAUAAUGGAUGCACGAGUUGUUUGUACAAUAAAUGAUUAAAAAAAAGUUCUUGCUCAAAAUCCUGACAGCGUGAUGCAGGAUCUAACAUUGCAUAUUCCCUGUGACUUGAUAAGCCUGCUGAAACAGCUAGACGUGACGGUAUCACGUGUCUCACUGUAUGCUGUUGUUACUCCUAAUGUGUUAACUAUAAACACAAAAUGCUUAGUUAGUCACGACCUUGUGACUCUUCCUUUCUGAUCACAACAAGACAAGCGCUAGGAAAUCUGGACACGAACCUACAGACAUAUGGAAGAGGGUUUACACUUAUUCUGUUGGGUAUAUGGAUAGAAUUCACGGUAUUUCCUGCCAUGUGAUAUGUGGUGGUGAAAGGAAACAGUAGAGGAUGUGCUCUGCAGCUUAUUCCCUGUGUAUGCUCUUCAGUCUCUGGGCCUCAUCUUUAUGCCAUACACUCGUAACUGUGGGACCCUGUGUGGCCGAUACAGAGAAGGCUACCUUUGAUUGCAGCAGACGUGACCUAAUGUCUGUACCCCAGCAAAUAUGGCCAAACGUGACUGAGCUAGACCUCUCUGAGAACCACCUACAUUUAUUACGCACUAAAGCCCUGAAGAAAUUGAGGCACUUGGACCAUUUGAUCAGGCUCAAUUUAUCAGGGAAUGACCUCCCCCUACUGGUAAAGCAGAGCUUCUACCUCUUCCCCUCUCUGGAAAUACUGGACCUCAGUAGAUGCAAGUUGGCUGCAAUUGAGCCUGGGGCUCUGCUCAGCUUUCCCAGACUGCGAAAGCUGUUUCUAAGUAUCACUGAUCUACAAACCCCAAUGUCUGCUGUACUUCAAGGUCAUGGAAGGGUUGAAGUUGUAGAUCAUACCAGUAAUCUUCAAGCAAGUGACAGAACUAAAGAGGUGGUGCAAGGUCAUAGCAGUGUCGACUUCAACAUGGGCAUCCAUAAUUUAUUCCUACGCAAACUACUAGUAGAAAGCUUGGAGAGCCUCAAUGCAACAGAGGUCAUUGAUAAAAAGUCUUCAGACAGCUGGAAGUACCUUGUGUCAGUCCUGGUGAUAGCCAUCAGUCUCUCUGUGCUCAUUGCCAUCGGGGCAAAGUGUAAAAUCCUCCAUCGGUAUUUGGCAAGCUACAGGCACUCAAGGCUCAGUGAAGGGGAUGGGGCAAGUCAAUGUGACCCUGCAAGUUUUGAGGUGGGAUUCUCCAGCCGAGGCAAUAUCCCAAAUUCAGAUAUGGAAAAUGGAAACCUGGAGGAUGAUGACGAUGGAUUCAUUGAAGACAAUUACAUCCAAGCAAGUGAGAGGGAAAGAGCAGCGCGAGAGGCCGAACAUUGGCAGGAGGAUGAUGAGGACAUGGAAGAGUUCAGCAUCGGAUAAACAAAAACAUGAGCUGAGUAUGAGGUGUGCGUGGGACUGUUAUUUUUAAUCCCAUUCCCACCCACUACUGAAGAAGUUCUGACUAAUUCUGCCUGUUCCUGCAGUCAAUACUGUGUGCACUUGCACGUGAAAAUUUUCUGACGAACUCAGUUGUCAAAAUGUAAGCAAAUAUUUUACAAUUACGAGGAUAAACCAGUUACUGAUGAUGAAAGCGGAAAAUGUCACAAUGAUCUACACCAUAAGCACCACACAACCACUGUGUAUGAUCUCUUGUUGAUGUUAAUUAGCCUUUCGGUAUCCCACAUGCUUCAUAUCUGACCACUCACCCCCCACCCACAAUACUGUGAAAACAUUUGUUGGUUGCCACAGGAGCCCAGGCCCAAUGCACCCCCCUUCAGCGUGAGGUUUUCUACCAUGCGAUGGAAUAUGAUAACUAGCAGCAGGUCUUGAUUAACCUACAAAUGAUCCUUUUUUUUCUAGAGAUCAUUUAAGAUUAAUAUUUUGUGUAAUGAUUUAAUGACCUACACUCCAUCUCUUCAUGUUUUGUUAAGUUUUUUAGUCUACAUCAAUAAAAGCAUAUGUCGCCAUA